AUGGCGGCCAGUAAACCUCCCUACGACCCGGUGAAGACGGUCGAAGCAAUGUUCAUGGGCUCGGUCGCUCGCAUCGCUUACGUGAUGAAAGACCCUGUGAACUUCGCGCCAGCAACAAAAGCCGUUCUGGCCGAAACCGCAAAGAAGUUCCAUGAUGCGCUCGACGAUUGCGAGAUCCAGAUCCUCAAUGCCAAAUGGUACCUUGAGCGCCAACUAGCUGCGAACAGGGCGCGCCGCGAGGCCAAAGCAAGAGAUGACAGCGCCUCAAGCGCCAAAAGAAAGCGAGACGAGGUUCAAGACGUCCAGGACAAGGCGCAACAGGCAGAGGGAGAGAAUGCCCCCAAGCGCGUCAAGACGCAAGAACCAGAGGAACCCGUGCCCCCACCGCCGCAGCAGCCGAAGCUGCAACAGCCAUCUCCUGUCCAGAAACCUGCUCCGCAGCCUGCUGUGGCGCCCGGCAAGUCCACUGCUCAAGCGUUGCAGCAACAAAGAGACAAGCCUGCUACGGCCAAACCACCAGACAAGCCCAAAGUGUCGGCAACUGCAGACGUCAAAGCACCUCAACCCACUGCACCACCGGCACCAAAACCACACGAGCAGCCAAAACCACCGGAACCCGUGCAACCUCCUGAGCGUACAAUGACACAGACAACCACGGAGGAGUUUCCCAAACCAACACCGCAAGAUACUCCAGCUUCCGGGACCGAGGCAUUCAACUUUGAAUCUAUGUUCGGUGAACCGUCAGGAGAGAUGAUGGAUAGCGGAGGCAACGACAUGGCCUUCGACCUGGACAGCUUUGGCGGAGACGGCUAUGGCGGGGACAGUGUCAAUCUCAACCUGCAAGACACCUCGUUAAACUCUCUUCUGCCGGGUUUGGAGUCCUACGCAAACCAGACUGGCGAUGAUGGCGGAUUCGGCAUGCCCGGAACUACGAGUAACGGGCUGCCUCCUGGAAAUGAUCUGGCAGGCGAUGCCAGUCAAAAUGAUAUAUCGGCUGGUCAACAGCAACAGCAACAGCACCAAGACCAACAACAGCAGCAGCAGCAGCCUGCCAACAUGCAUGACUUCAGCCUGCCACAACUGGGACCCAAUGAAUUUGACUACUUCCUCAAUGCUAAUGACAUGAGUUUCGGCGACAACAUCAACCUCGACGGCGACGGCAUGAUGAACAUGGACACCCUCGACAACAUCAACGUGGACGACUUUGACAGUAUGUUCAGUUAG